AUGGGGGCCAUCAGCACCCCAUCAUACAAAGGGGAGCCUGAGGCUUCAGAGAAAUUCAUCAAUAAUGCUUCAUGGCCUACAUCAGAUGAUGAAGUCUUAAGUUUGAAUAUGAAGAAUACCUCAAAACCAAACUUAAGAAAACUAAUGAAUGUUUCUCAGCUUCAAGAUUUGGAAACAAAACUUGGCCUUGUAUCACCGGGAGAUAAAACUUUAUUUGAGGAUGAUAGCUCUGAAAACAAAUGUGAAGAUAUGGUUGACAUUCCUUCCAAACCAUCAGUCAAAGUCUGUGACUCUUCUCCUCCUGCCUUGCCAUCACCUGAUUCUCUUCUAAGACCUCCUUUCACAUUGUUAGGCCUUGGUCUUACAAAGGAAGAAGAGGAGCAGCCAGCAAUUGGAACAAAGGACAAUGGUAUUAUUGAAAGUGUUCCACGAGAGCAAACAGUUAAUGACUGUUUGACUUCUGCUGACAGGGCAGAUAAAAAUGAUAGACAUGUUAUGCUGUCAGCAUUAGGAUUUGCAGAACAAAAUGAAGAAUCACUUUGGGAUUCUCAGAGUAAUUCUGAGAGUCUUCCAGAGAAAUACAUUGAUCAUUUAUCUGGAAAUGCAGAUCAGAAAGGGACAAGUACAUUAAAUGAACAAGUAGAAGACUCUCUGGGAAAAUAUUCUUUCUUGAAGCCUACUGUUGAGGAGAAUGAUUCUGUUCCUAAGAAAGGAGGAGAAAUGGAGGAAAAACAAACACCCAAAUCAGAUUCUCCAGGAAAAUAUUCUUACUUGAAGACUGCUGUGGAGGGGAAAGAUUUUAUUCCUAAUCAACCCAGAGAAAUGGAGGAAAUGCAAGCAUCCCAAUCAGAUUCUCCAGGAAAAUAUUCUUACUUGAAGCCUGGUGUUGAAGUAAACGAUUCUCUUCCUAAUAAACCAGGAGAAAUGGAGGAAAAAGAAACAUCCGAAUCUGAUUUGUCCAAUUGGAAGUCUACUU